GACCGAGGAAAAUCAAGCACGUAUGGCUACUGGGGGUGGUCCGGAGAUUCCAGAUGCACAGGUAGACCCUGACAUUGCAGCAAUUGUGCCGCAUUUAAUGACUCUUGCCCCGACCGAGUUCAGUUCGAAUAUUAUUCCAGAGGAGCAAGCAAUAGCCAUGGGUAGCGUUCUGGAGAAUGACGAUGAUUCACUUUUUGAAUUUCAAGAUGUCGAAUACUUAUUAGAUGCGUCAAUUGAUAGACCACCGACAGAGCCUACUCCAAGCUGUUCAUCAGGAACCCCGGGGCAGAUUUGCAAAAAAAUGCGUGUGGCGGCAAAGCGAAAUCGGUCAGAAUCAUCGAGUCAUUUUUCAGCGUCAAAAUCUGUAGCUCAGAAGGCGAUGGAGGAAGCUUUGACAAAGAGACUAGACGCUCUAUUAGCUGAGGACAGAGAGCUCUUUGAGAUGAAGAAAGACCGUGAGCGAAGAAUAUCAAAAUUAAUGAAAGAUAACGAAAACGACAUUCAUCUGCUUAAAUUUUAACACCUUCUACGAAU